AUGAAUAUCCCAAACUUGGCUGACUACCUCCGCCGGUUAUCCGCAGCUAGCAAAACCAAGAAAAAACUAGUGUUUAACCAAAGCAAACGCCGUAGGAACGGAGUAGCUAACGAAGAUAAAUAUUGUAUUGUGAUACUGGAGAGAUACACACGGUUGUGGGAGGUUAUCUACUUGCCUAACGGAACAACGCCCUUGAAGUAACAGCAAACCUAUAAUUUCGAUUCACACAGCAAGCAAGACCCUGUAGCUUUGGCCUAAUUUAAAUCUGUGAAAGAGCAUUAGCACGCUAAAUUUGACUCCGGCUGUGAGAGAGAAGGAAAAAGGUGCACUAUAACUCGCAAAAAGGCUCUAUCCCGUCUACGUUUAUCGAGUUUGCUAGAUUGAGUAACAUCUUCAAAAUGAUGCAGAUAUCGGAUUCGUACAAUCAGAAGAAUUCAUUAUUCAACGCGAUGAACCGCUUCAUAGGGGCGGUGAAUAACAUGGAUCAGACAGUGAUGGUACCGAGUCUUUUGCGAGACGUGCCUCUAGAGGAGGAGCAGGAAACGAAAACGGUCAGGACUGCUAGCAAUGGCACAUCGACCUAUUUCCAGGACGUUGGGGACAUGCAUAGUUAUUACGUCCUUUUGAAGUCUAUUAGAAAUGACAUUGAAUGGGGAAUCCUUCAAGGAGAUGAGAGGCGAAAAGAAAAGGUUGGCGUGACCGCCCUCGACAUCUCCACGCUGGAGUCAGAUGAAGACUUGGAGAAACAGUUUCAUUAUCAUUUGAACGGACUGCACACGGUUUUGUCCAAACUUACCCGAAAAGCGAAUACUCUCACCAACAGAUACAAACAGGAGAUUGGCAUUCGGGGUUGUGGACAUUGAGACUGCAACUUUUUUAACCAGGCGAUUGAGGUGGUUAGAACCAGCGAGGCUAACGCCCGACAUCAAUACGCAAAUUGAUGCUCCUGUUGAAAUAUGAUAAUUAUAACUAGGGAACACUGGCCUGUCAUGGUGAAAUAGUUUACAUUUAUUCAAAACGUGAGAAGUGUAAAGUCCUGCUGGACAUGUUUCAAAUAAGC